AUGAGUACCUCGCUGUUGUCACGCAGUCUAAUACAUGCCAGAAAUUUCUCUGUACUAAACUCGACACUACUAUCCGGACACAACAAAUGGUCAUCAAUUAAGCAUGACAAGGCCAAAAACGAUGUCGAGAGGAAUAAACUAUUCAGCAAAUUCGCACAAAGAAUCUCGUUAGCAGCCAAACUGGGCGGCAGUCCUGACCCUAACUUGAAUAUCAGACUUGCGACAGCAAUUGACCUGGCAAGUAAGAAUAACGUUACCAAGAAAGUCAUCGAAAACGCCAUCAAGAAGGGUUCUGGUGGCGGCCUCGCCAACGGCAAGGCGUCCACCAACAUGGAGACGUGUGUGUACGAAGGUAUGGGCCCGGGUGGCAUAGCUCUGGUGGUCGAAGCUCUGACAGACAACAAAAAUAGAACCAUAGGGUUGGUCAGAAGCACCUUCACCAAAGCAAAUGGCUCCAUGACACCAACGCUGUAUUUCUUCGACAAAAGAGGCUACGUCGUGGUGAACCCCCCGGCAAGCUUGGACACCGACGAGGACAAGAUUCUCGAAUCCGUGCUCGAAGUCGCCGGGGUUGAAGAUAUGCAAAAGCUCCAGUCCGACGAUCCCACAGACAUCUCCGACAGCUACGGCACAGACGUCUUCGAAAUCACCUCCGAUACAACAAUGGCCAACAGUGUGGCCUCCGCGUUAAAAACGAAAGGGUUUCGCAUUCAAGAACUGGGAAUGGCCUAUGUCCCGAAAAAGGACAUGAUGGUACACGUUAAGGAUCCCGAAACGCGUUGUAAAGUCGAUAAGUUUCUUGCACUUCUAGACGAGAUCGAAGAGGUCACCGACAUCUACACGAACAUGCAACAUCCAUGA